AUGGCUGCAUCAUUCCCACAGCAUCCAAAACGUGUGGAGACACCCGAACCAUCGCUAGAGCUAUCAGCGUUACUAACAAGAUGGCGAACGAGCGGAAUCAAAGUUCUUCACGUCCCCAAAGAUGCCGUCGUUGACAUUGUUUUCGUCCAUGGCCUAGAAGGGGAUCGUGAAACAACCUGGACUGCCGAGAACGCUCCGGGACCAUGGCCUCAGGUUCUUCUGCCUGCCAAAAUUCCGGGCGCGCGCAUCCUCACGUUCGGCUAUGAUCCACGCGUCGCCAACUGGCCAUACGUGGCAUCGCUGGUCCAGGUUGCGAAGAACUCAGGGAAUCUUGUCAGCAAGCUUGCAGAAUUUCGCCGGAAAGACAAUACACAUCAACGACCCAUCAUCUUUGUCUGCCACGACUUCGGGGGCCUGAUCCUUGAGGAUGGCUUGUUCACAUCGAGUUGCAGCUCAGAAGAGAGUGGACGCAAUAUCGUUUAUUCAACUCGUGGUAUCAUAUUCCUUGGAACACCACACCGGGGGGCUGGCUGGACCAAGCUAUUAUUGGCCGAGCACACGAGGAAGUGUCCGAAUGACAGAGAUUUGAAUAUGCUCAGACAGGGCCCGAAAAUACUCGCACGGAUACAAGACAGAUUUUUUUCACUCCGUUCGCGCCUGCUCGUGAAGGCAUUAACACCAAUCCAGAUCAGCUGCUUCUUCGAGACACUGUCCUUGCCGCAGGUUGGCUUGGUUGUGCCGCAAGAGUCAGCGACUGUUCCUCGGUGCAAUUCGAUUGCAAUGCGCAAAAACCACAUGAAUAUGACGAAAUUCGCGGCACCGGAUGAUCCGGAUUUCGAGUUUCUCUGUACGGAACUCGGUUUGUUGGUUGCGGAGAUUCACGCCGAGAAUUUUCGGCGGGCGAGGGAUCACGAAAACCUCGGCCCGUACCUGCUUGUACCAUUCCUAAGAAUCUCAGACUUUGUCGGGCGUUCCACUAUUCUACGUCAACUAAAGUAUCGGCUCAGGCACGGCCAGCCUCUGACGAGCAGUAGCUCGCAACCACGUGUCUCACUCUUAGGCCCGGCUGGCAUUGGGUAUAAGACCCAGAUCGCACUUGCAUAUUCGUAUUGGCUUUACAAGACCUACCCGGGGAUGUCAGUCUUCUGGGUUCAUGCAAGAAAUGCAACACAAUUCCUGCAGUCCUUUACUUCCAUCGCACAAAGAUGCCACAUCCUCACCCGCAAUGCCUAUGCGAUGGAUGCUGGAUGGCUAGUGAAGGAUUGGCUAGAGAGAGAGAGCGCCGGUCGGUGGCUUAUGGUCAUUGAUGGCGCCGACGAGGCUCGGCUAUUCUCUCCCUCGGCCGCAGGGUCUUUCAGCUUCGACCCCUCGGAUCAGAAUUUACACCCCUAUAUCCCCGUAUGUGCCCAUGGAUCCGUUCUCAUCACAACCAGGGACAGGAAACUUGGGAGCAGGCUUGCGGAGGAUGUAAUCGUAGUUCCUAGACUGAGCCUAGCUGAGUCCAACGAACUACUUCGCACCAAACUUGGCGGCCUCGAACUUGCGUCUAAAAAUUUGUCGCGCUUGUCGAAUCGGUUGGAAUGCCUCCCCCUCCCGCUUGCCCAGGCAGCCGCAUACAUGCGGGAAAAUCAUGUGGGGGUCAGCAAAUAUCUUGACCUCCUCGAAGAGGAUGAGACUGAAUCCGUGGGUAGGGCAGCGCUUGGAGAAGAUCCGUUGACUUCAAGUCCGGCCUUAGCCAGAUUGGUGGCUUCGUUCGAGAGGUUGAGACUGAACGAUUUCGAAGAUAAUCUCCUUUCAAUCAUGAGCUGUUUCAAUCCGCAGGCGAUUCCAAUGCAGUUCUUACUUCACUAUAGUCAGCUAUAUGGUCUUCCCUAUAGUCAGCUAUAUGGUCAACAGGAUGAGCUCGAACUCAUCAGUGAGCUGCCACUCAAAAAAGCCUUGGAAACCCUCAGAGAUUUCUGUCUCAUCUCUCUCAAAGAGGAUAAAGAUGUAUCCCUACUCCCCUUCGUGCUGAGGGCAAGGCAGAAGUGGUUAUCCUGUCAGGAUAUGACACGGCACUAUGCGGAGCAGGCGCUCCUAAUUCUGUCUGACUUAUUUCCUUAUGGGAACUUCGAAAACCGAGCAACUUGCAGUGAAUACCUCCCCCAUGUGUAUUCCGUAUUGCACCUCGAGGGUACCGGCUCGGAGGAAGAAAGCAUCGCAAAAGCAACUCUCCUUCACCGCGUUGCCGGGUUUCUUUGCGACGAGGGCCGAUGGAGGGAGGCUGAACCCCACCAGCAAGAUGCUGUCAACUUAAGAACAUCAUUACUAGGGGAACAACAUCCUUUAACGCUUGCAAGCAUGACCAAUCUGGCAUCAAUAUUCGGGAAUCAAGGCCAAUGGAACAAAGCUGAAUCAAUAGAGGUGCAUCUAACACAGACGAGGAGGAGAUUACUGGGAGAAGACCAUCCCGAUACACUGGCCAGUAUAGCCAACUUGGCGUUGACAUAUAAGAGUCACGGUAGAUGGCAUGAAGCGGAGGAGCUAGAGCGACAGGUGAUGAAAUCAAGGACAAGGGUGUUAGGAGAGGAGCAUCCAGAUACGCUCGCCAGUAUGCGUAACCUAGCAUCCACAUUAUCUAAUCAAGGGAAAUGGAAGGAAGCAGAGGAGUUUCAAGUGGCAGAGAUUGCGAUAAUAAGGCGGGUUCUUGGAGCCGAACAUCCUCGGAACUAUCCCAGCAUGGCCAACCUGGCGUCGAUAUAUUUGCACCAAGGCCGGUUACAAAUGGCUGAAGAUUUAUCAGAACAAGUCACGAAUGCUCUUGCAGGGUCCCUUGGAGAAGAUCACCCGUCAACGUUAACUAAUACUGCAAACUUGGCGUCAAUAUACAGGAACCAAGGCCGAUUGCGGGAAGCUGAGUCACUUUUAAAGAAAGUGGCAAAGACUUCUCAUAGGGUCCUCGGAGAAGGAAGCCCUGAGACGUUAACUAUAAUGUCCAACUUAUCAUCGACGUAUAUAGAUCAAGGGCGAUGGAAAGAGGCAGAAGAACUAGCGCUGCAGGUAUUAGAUCAUAGAAAGCGUGCGCUUGGCCCGAAACAUCCCUUAACUCUAACCAGCAUGGCCAACCUGGCGUUGAUAUUCAAGGGCCAAGGCCGAUUACAGGAGGCAGAAGACCUGGAGAUGCAGGUGGCAGAAAUAUCUAGGACGGUUUUAGGCAAGGACCAUCCGGACACAUUAAUCAGCAUGGCUAAUCUAGUAUCAAUAUAUCUAGACCGGGGCCGAGUAAACGAAGCUGAAAAAUUGCAAACAGAGGUAAUGGAGACGAGAAAGAAAGUACUCGGACCUGCCCAUGCCUCAACGUUAACCAGUAUAGCCAAUUUAGCUUCUAUAUACAGCAAGCAGGGCCGGUUUUCUGAGGCUGAAGCUCUCGAGGUAGAGGCAAUGGAGACGAGGAAGCAGCAACUUGGUCCUGAACAUCCCCUCAUGCUAAGCAGUAUGGCCAACCUGUCGCUGACAUACUACUACCAAGGACGGUGGAAGGAAGCAGAAGCGCUAGGCAAAGAGGUUUUAGAGAAAAAACAGAUGGUGCUUGGUCCUGAACAUCCCUCAACUCUAACUACUAUGAACAACCUAGCAUCGAUAUUCAGCAUUCAAGGCCAGCUAGGGAAGGCGGAAAAACUAGAGGCUGAGGUCUUGGAGAUGAGAAAGAGGGUGUUGGGAGAGGAGCACCCCGAUACGAUGGCCAGUAUGAACCAGCUCGCAAUAACCCUCAAUGACCAAGGCCGAUAUGAAGAGGCGAAAGCAUUGAUGAUGACGGUGAUUCAGCUUCUAAAGCGGCUGCAUGGCCCCAGCCAUCCUUAUACGACUGCUUCCCAAUCCACCUUGGACGAGUGGGAAGCGAACCAUCAGCAGGAGCCAGUAUCAUCGUCAUCGAGGACGGACCUCAGCGCGACUGGCCCCAAACUAAACGUGUACACAAUCGCCAGCCUCAAUGAGCUGUGCGUCCACUCUCACAACUCUACCACGGACCCCGUGCUGGCCGAGCGUUGGAGCGAUUCUACCAGCCCGCCCUCGCCUUCCAAAAGAACUCACCCUCCCCAGCGAGGUACCGACUCGGUACAGCGUGGUGGACUACAGGGUCCUCUGGCCAGGCUGUGGUAUCAACACCUUCAGGUCCACUCACUUCUCAUCGGGUAG